ACUCGGCUCAGUUUAUGGAGUCUGUCCUAACAAGCUGAUGAUCAGAAUCAAGCGUGUUAGGUAAGGGGAACAUGCAACAUUUGCAGAGCGGGGGUCCCCAGGUCCAGGAUUAAGAACUAAUGCAAUACAGCAUAAGGAACUAAAAGCUAACCUAUAUAUUGAGGAGUUAAUAUAAUUUAAGAGAGUAAUAAUGUGCCAUAUAACUUUUAAUAUGUAUAGAGUUAUAUUAAGUAUAGUAUUUCAAAACAAGACCCUUUAAUAAAUCCAAUCUCAAAAUCAAAACAUACCGAAACAAUUUUCACCUCGAAAUGUCUUGCUAGUUCAGUGGCAUCCUUGCACAGUGGUUUAGGUUUGAGCUCCCUCUAGUGGUGAAGGACGACGUCUUGAAAGUGUUACAAAUAUUUUGCUGCUCUAUUUAUGCAUGCAUGUAUGUAUGAAUGAAUGAAUGAAUAACAAGCUGAUAUCACAAAGGGGCGGAGUUUGGUGGGUCUGAAGUUGUUUCAAAGUGGUUAUGUACCAUAAAUUAACAUUAAUAAUUCUCAUUGGACUAUUCAGUGUCUAUAUUUACUAUAUAAUGGAUAUUGUUACUCUCUGACCGGUGUUAAUUGUUCAACUGAAGGUGCUGAUGCUAAAAAAAAAAAAGUAAAAAAAAGAUACGGCAUUGUCACGUGGUACCAACCUUUCACAGCGCUGAUGUUUGUGAUUACUGGAAAAGUCGUGUAUUUAAUCAUUUAGUUUAGAUUCAUUACAUUGUAAGGCUGUAUCAAUCCGAUUAUAUAGGCCUAUUUUAUAGUACAAAUGCCUUCAGUGAAACCAAAAGUAUUUGAAUGGGCCCGAAUUGGGGCUGUAAGUUUGGUUUGUGAACCACUAGCGCCCUCUGGAGGAAGAUAACGUUCAUAAGGAAAUGGUUCUGAAGUAGCAGAAUUAGUGUCGCAAACCAGCUUUAACGUUUCAUGACACCGUUGUUUAGUUUGUUUCUAGCGGGAAAUGAUUUCAGUGACACCUGCUUUAAUUUAACGCGGUGGGACUGAUUGACUCUCGUUUAUGUGGACUUACGAUAAGGAUGAAAUGUUCCCAUCAUCAGCUGAAAAUUCAGGGAAAUGCUACAGUCAGCCAUUAUUUGGAUCGUUUGCAUCCUCUGAGUCCUUUGAGACCAAAGGCUCUGACAGAUAUGGUGCCUAUGAAUCUUUUGGACUUGGGUCCUUGAACACUGAAGAUGCAGAUAGCGUUUUUGAUAAUUCUAAUGGAGGGUACAGUGACACCUGUUCAUCCACCUGGGGUGCAGACGUCUUGUCAAACUGGGACUGGCCCUUCGUCAUGUCUUCUCAAAGGUCCAGGUCUCCGUUUUCGGACAGCGGCAGAGAGAGUCAAUACUCAACAUCUAACCUCUCCGAUUCCUCCAGCCUGUACUCUCCUUCACACUCUCGGCCAGCACCGAUUGGCUCACGGGGCAGAGACAUGCACUCAUAUGUGCACAGAAACUACCACGCAAGAGAUGCUGUUGUACCUGAGGCUAAAGGACAAGAUUGCUCUAGUCAGAACCCAUCUAUUUGCAUAGAGAGAUACUACUCAAAAUCAGCUGCUUUGGUGUUUCGAGGGACCAAGAGGAAGAUGAUGGAACCAGCACCUCCUUGCAAGAUGGUUAAAAAAAAGAGGAUAGUAAGAGCAACUCCCAGCAUAAUCAGCAUUGUAGGACCACACAUUUCAAAGGACAGUUGUAUUUCUUCCGAAACCAAGGAAACAAAUGAAGAGCAUGAACUUGGUAAGAAAGUUCGAGCCAGAGAGAAGCGCAGAAGACGACGAGAGAAGAAUCAUGAAAAAUAUGGAGAUAAGCACAGGUGGGCUUUUACAUGUGCUUUUUGUAAAUUCCACACGUUUGAAGACAAAGACAUUGAGAAACACUUUGGAAGCACGUAUCACAGAGAGACUCUUGACUACAUUCGUCGGCAAGCCAAAUUUGAUGACAAGGUCAUCAGUUUUUUGCAUGAUUGCAUGGUUCACAAGUUUCAUAAAACUGUCUCUACUCUACACAAACAUAAGUUUUCUUGUGGACGAAGUAAAGAUGAAUGGGCAAAGAUAAUGGAAGGGGUGACAGAAGAUGACUACAUGAGAAGGAUGGAGGUGGUUUACUGUGUUGCAUGUAACAUUCACAUUCCUGUGGUUUUCAGCUCUGUGCAGCAACAUCUUCAUUCACUCACUCACCUCAAGAACAAAGUGGCUUAUAAGGAGCAGUUAAAAAGAGACAGCGUGGUCACAGCUAAAGCAAUAAUAAAUAAUGAUAAUGUGAAGGUGUGCUAUGAGAAGUAUGUGAAGGGAGAAGACCCAUUUGCAAUCGAUGCCAAUGACACGAGUUCUGAUUCUCAGGAUCCUGAGAAAUCUGAUGAGGCAGAGGAAGACAAAGGAAAUAGUGACUCAUAAUAAUGGACAAAAGGAGUAUUGAAUGGAGAAACAAGAGGAAAGGACUUCUUCUACAGUACUUUCUUGUUCUAACUUCAAAUGCUUGUUCACAUGACCUUGCAACACAAAAGGCCUAAGAAUAAUUUUGAGUUCAUAAUUGUUUCACAUUGAUCCACACUUAUAAGUGUAGGCUAGUUUUCUUCUGAUAAAGUGUAGGCAUUGUCCUCCUUUUUUUUUUAAUUGUUGUAUUCAUAGUGCAGCCUGAGUUGAAUUCUGUCUACUAGGGUCAUGUUGUACUCUGUAGUAUCUGUGUGGGUUUGUUUUAACAAUAUUUAGCCACUGUUCCGACUGUCGUUAAACUUUACAGCUUUAUAUCGAAAUGCAGAUGUUACAUUUUGUUCCCUUUAAUAUUUGGGAUUGGAAAUGUGCCUUUUCACUGUUUGCUUUGAGAUGAGAUGGUGUGUUGACCAUUAAAUUUUCACUUUAAACUAGAUGUGCUUGCUGUGAGAAUAUAUUUAACAGCUUUAAUUAUUCAUUUUACCCAUUAGAACUGUAUGUAUGAUUGUUAUGUAAGAAGAAUACCAGCUACACUGGAAGUCCCUCUACUGGAAACAGAUAAUAACAGCUCUGAGCAACUUUAAAAGGAAAUAUCUGUAUGGGAUUAAGUUUGAAAUUGAUUUGAAACUUGAGGCUGUAUCAGUAGGACACACUGUAUAUUAACUUCCCAUCAUAAAUGUUGCGUUUGUUUAAAUUUCAUUUUCUUAUUUAUGUUUUUCUUAUAUAAGUGUAAUUUUCAGCCUUUACAGUAUAAGGUUUAAACUUUAAAGCACUGACCAUAUCUGCA